CAGACAAACCGAGAGACAGACGUUCACCGAACCCUCUGACGCUCUCUUCUUUCUCUCUCUAAAAAUAAACGGAAAGUCCGAUAUGCAGAGAAACAAUUUCCUCUGCAUCAAGGUUCUCUUCAUCACUGUUUGCCUCUUGGGAUUUUCUUCUAGUCUCAAGAUCGGCGAGACCUGUUCGGAAUCUUCCGAUAGUACCUGCGACACCGGAUUACACUGUCUAACGUGCCCUGCAAAUGGCAACACCCGUCCCAGAUGUACUCGCAUUCAACCACUCAGUCCCACAUCAAAGGUGAAAGGUCUAGCGUUCAAUAAGUACUCAUGGCUAACGACCCACAACUCGUAUGCUAUAACCGGGUUCAAGUCGGGGACCGGAUCUGUUAUUCUCGCUCCGACGAAUCAGGAAGAUUCCGUUACCAGUCAGCUUCGCAAUGGAGUUCGAGGACUAAUGCUUGAUAUGUAUGACUUCAACAAUGACGUCUGGUUAUGCCAUUCCUUCGGUGGGAAAUGUUACAACGUUACAUCAUUUCAACCUGCUAUUAAUGUGCUCAAAGAGAUUCAAGUGUUUCUGGAUGCAAACCCAACAGAAAUCAUUACCAUUUUCAUUGAAGAUUAUGUGACAUCCCCACAGGGUUUAACAAAGGUUUUUAAUGCAUCUGGCCUCAGUAAGUACAUGUUUCCAUUGUCUCGGAUGCCUACAAAUGGUGACGAUUGGCCUACAGUGGAUGAUAUGGCCCAAAAGAAUCAACGUUUGGUGGUUUUCACCUCAAUCUCGUCUAAGGAGGCUUCUGAAGGGAUUGCAUAUGAGUGGAGAUAUGUUGUAGAAAACCAGUAUGGAGAUGGUGGGAUGAAAGCUAAUUCCUGUCCAAAUCGUGCUGAAUCGUCUCCCAUGAACACGACAACAAGAUCAUUGGUUCUUCAGAACUAUUUUCGCUCAAAUCCCAACUUAACAGAAGUUUGUGCUGAUAAUUCUGCUCCAUUAACUAGUAUGGUGACCACUUGUUAUGAAGCUGCUGGCAAACGGUGGCCAAACUUCAUUGCUGUUGAUUUUUACCAGAGAAGUGAUGGUGGGGGAGCCCCAGAAGCUGUGGAUGAAGCAAACGGUCAACUGACUUGCGGUUGUGGCAACAUUGCCUAUUGCAAGACAAAUGCGACUUUUGGCACUUGUGAUGUCCCUGUGAUUUCACCUCCACCUCCGGCAGCAGAUACAUCUCAAGGUGGAACUUCGCAAGAACCCAGUAAUGAUUCUUUGAAUAGCAGAACAGUCAAAGUGCAGUUUUUGAUUGGGGUAGUUUUUACCACCUCUCUCUUACUGUUGUUAUGAGAUAGUAAUUGUUAGAACGUGUUUGUAAAAUUUAUUCUCUUGUUUUUUCAUUUUUUGUACCGCGUGUUUGUUAGUUUUUCCACCCGCUUUCUUUUUAUUGAUUUUGUAUUUUUUUUCUAUUUCAAUUUAGCUUUGUUCACGAGUCUUGUGGCUCCGAGUGAUUGAUAACUUA